AUGGAGGAGAAUAAUAGUGAUGAUGACAAUUUAAAUGACUUAAGUGGAAAAAGUGAGGAUGAUAUUAUUGAACAGUGUGAGAGAGUGUUGAAAAAUAUCUCAGAAUCUGAAGAUAAAAACAGGCAGGAAUCUCAAGAACUUGGAAGAUCGAAAAGAAUGCGUGAAAAAAGUGAGGGUAGUAGUGAAGAUGGUUUCGUUACUGUUAUCAGGCGAAAACCGAAGCGUUUGAUAAGAAACGAGGAAAAUGUUACGGUUAUGGAAUUUGAUGAAAUAAAUGAAGAAUUAAAUAAGCAAGACAGAACAAGAAGUCCAAUUAUAGGUUCAGCUCCUCAAAAAGCUAGGAAAAUAAAUAGCAACAAAAAAUCUAAAAGAAACGUUAGCAACAAUAAGCAGUCAGCAGCACAGGAUAACCUUGAAAGAGAAGCCCUACAAGCCGAUUCUGAACCUGAACCUGAAGAGAAAAAGCCUGAGUAUCGUCACUGUGAGGACUAUUCGGAGGAUAUGGCGGGGCAUAUGGUAGCAGCGGUGUCCGUAUUUGCGGCAGCGGUAGUAUCCUCUCGCGACCUGCCUUAG